AUGGCAUCAAUCUACCUGGAGUGCCGUGGUAGCCCUCAGGAGGUGCCCCACGGGAUGGAGAGCCUGCUCGAUACUGGGAGGAAUCACAGAGCUUAUCUGGUAACUCUAAUGUGCUGCAUGGAUGAAAGAGACAGAGUGCAGAAGAAGACAUUUACGAAAUGGAUAAACCAGCAUUUGCUGAAGGUGCGAAAACAUAUAAAUGACUUAUAUGAAGACUUACGAGAUGGACAUAACCUGAUCUCACUGCUGGAAGUUCUGUCUGGAGAUACACUGCGAAGGGAGCGUGAUUUUCUGAAGACUUUGCGGUUGGUGAGUGGGACAGAAGCAUGUGCAGUUGAGCAGCAUGGAGACACGGUGGAUGAUGAUAAGGGGCCCAGGGAGAGAGGGAGGAUGCGCUUCCACAGACUCCAAAAUGUUCAAAUAGCGCUGGAUUAUUUAAAGAGGCGGCAGGUCAAACUUGUAAAUAUCAGGAAUGACGACAUCACAGAUGGCAACCCAAAACUGACCCUGGGAUUGAUUUGGACCAUCAUUUUGCACUUUCAGAUCUCAGAGAUCCAUGUGACAGGGGAGUCCGAGGACAUGACAGCCAAGGAAAGACUGCUGCUCUGGUCCAAGCAGAUAACAGAUGGCUACGUAGGCGUACGAUGUGAUAACUUUACAACUUCCUGGAGGGAUGGGAGGCUAUUUAAUGCUAUCAUACAUAAAUACAGACCAGAUCUGGUGGACAUGAGCGAAGUGUCAUCACAGACCAACCGCUCAAAUCUGGAGCAAGCGUUUUGUGUAGCUGAACAGUUGGGGGUGGCCAGACUCCUGGACCCUGAGGACGUUGAUGUUCAGUCUCCUGAUGAAAAAUCUGUCAUCACAUACGUCUCAACGCUGUAUGAUGCCUUCCCUAAAGUACCCGACGGUGUUGAAGGAAUAAAUCCUAAUGAUGUUGAUAUCAAAUGGGUGGAGUACCAGAACAUGAUCAAAUACCUCAGCCAGUGGCUCAAACACAACGUGGCCAUAAUGUCAGAUAGAUCUUUCCCCAACAAUCCUGCAGAACUUAAGGCACUUUAUACACAAUAUCUACAGUUUAAAGAACAUGAAAUCCCACUUAAAGAAAAUGAAAAAACUAAAAUAAAAAAUCUCUACAAAAUGCUUGAGAUGUGGAUAGAGUUUGGACGUCUUCAGUUACCCUUGGGUCAUCAUCCAAAUGAUGUGGAGAAGGAAUGGGGUAAAUUAAUCGUUGCAAUGCUGGAAAGAGAGAAGAGCCUGCGGCCAGAGGUGGAGAGGCUUGAAAUGUUGCAACAGAUUGCCAACAGAGUCCAGAGAGACUGUGUUAAUGGUGAGGACAAGCUGGCAUUGGCAAAAACAGCCCUACAAUCUGAUGCAAAACGUCUUGAGUCUGGUAUUCAGUUCCUUAAUGAGGCUGAGAUUGCCAGCUACCUACUGGAGUGUGAGAAUAUCCUCCGACAGCAAGUUGUGGACAUCCAAAUUCUUUUGGAUGGGAAAUUUCCAUUUGCCGAUCAGCUUGUUCAAAGGGUAUCAAAACUCCGGGAUGAUCUUCUGACCCUGAGAGCUGAGUGCUCCUCCGUGUACAGCAAAGGUCGCACCCUGACCACAGAGCAAACAAAAAGGAUGAUCUCUGGCAUCACUCAGAGCCUGAAUUCGGGCUUCUCCCAGAACAUGAACACAAGUCUGACACCAGCCCUUACUCCUGCACUAACCUCAGGGGGGUUAGGUACCCCUGGGUCCACAUUCACCUCUAGCCUUACACCAAGCCUGACCCCAUCCUUGCCCACAGCCUUGACCCCCAGUCUGCAGCCUGCUUCAGUCCAGGGCUACAUGGGGAGUGGUGGCAGCAUGGAGCCGGGAAGCCUCAUGCAUUUGAAACACAUGCAAAUCCGCAAGCCCUUACUAAAGUCCUCACUGGCAGACCCCAACAUGACGGAGGAGGAGGUCAACAUGAAAUACGUGCAGGACCUUUUGAACUGGGUGGAGGAGAUGCAGUUGCAGCUUGAGCGUUCAGAGUGGGGAUCUGAUUUGCCAAGUGUGGAACUGCAUUUGGAGAACCACAAGAGUGUCCAUAGAGCCAUCGAAGAAUUUCAGAUCAGUCUUAAAGAUGCCAAACUAAGUGAAAUUCAGAUGACAAUACCCUUGAGGCUGACUUAUUCAGACAAGCUGAACAAACUAGAAAAGCAGUAUGAAAGGCUGUUGACCAGUUCAAGGGAGCGGCAGAACCAACUAGAAAGCCUGCAUGACUUUGUGUCACAGGCCACUCAAGAGCUCAUCUGGCUAAAUGAGAAGGAAGAGGAGGAGGUUGCCUUUGACUGGAGUGAUCGCAACAGCAACAUCUCUACGAAAAGAGACUACCAUGCUGACUUGAUGAGGGAACUGGAUGAAAAGGAAGAAGCCAUCAAGUCUGUGCAGGACAAGGCAGAGCGACUCAUGCUGAAGAACCACCCAGCCAGGUUAACUAUUGAGGCGUACAAAGCUGCCAUGCAGACACAGUGGAGCUGGAUUUUGCAGCUCUGCUCAUGUGUUGAACAGCAUCUAAAGGAGAAUGCUGUUUAUCUAGAGUAUUUCAGUGAUGCCAAAGAGACCCUGGACUACCUUAAGAGCCUGCAAGAUUCCAUUAAAAGAAAAUACAGUUGUGAUCAAUCGAGCAGCCUGCACAGACUUGAGGAUCUCAUUCAGGAGUCCAUGGAUGAAAAAGAGCAACUUCUUCAGUACCGCAGCACUGUAGCCAGCUUAGUCGGUAGGGCCAAAAAUAUUGUGCAGCUCAAGCCCAGGAAUCCUGAAUCUCCUCUGAGAUCCUCCAUCCCUGUUAAAGCAAUCUGUGAUUACCGUCAGAUUGAGAUUACAAUUUACAAAGACGAUGAGUGUGUAUUGGCCAAUAACUCUCACCGGGCCAAAUGGAAGGUCAUCAACCCAUCAGGAAAUGAAGCCAUGGUGCCCUCGGUUUGCUUCACUGUGCCCCCACCCAACAAAGAGGCUGUUGAGAUGGCGACAAGAACUGAGCAGUUAUACCAAAAUGUUCUGUCACUGUGGCAUCACUCCCACAUCAACAUGAAAAGUGUGGUCUCCUGGCAUUAUCUGAUGGCUGACAUACGCGCCAUUCGCAACUGGAAUGUGGCCUCGAUAAAGACAAUGUUGCCGGGUGAGCAUCAGCAGGUAUUAAGCAACCUGCAGUCCCACUUUGAUGAGUUCCUGGAGGACAGCGAGGAGUCAGAGGUGUUCACAAUGGCCGACUGUGCACAGUUAGAGAGGGACGAGCACGAGGAGUCGGCAUACAAUCAUUACAUAUCAGAAAUACGCAACUUCCGGAUGCAUCUGGAGGCCCAUGAAGAGCACCUGAUCAGGCAGAUCCGCACACCGCUGGAGAGGGAUGACGUGGAGCAGAGUCUGCAGCGCAUUACAGAACAUGAGAAGAAGACAGCUGACCUGGAGAGGCUAAGAGAGGAUCUGGAUGGCAUGAAAGCAAAGUGUGAACUAUUUCUCAGGCAGGCUGCAGGUUCCCCAUCAGUCCCGAUGCUCUCCUCUGAACUCUCUGUUCUCAUUCAGAGCAUGAGCCAAGUGUCCUCCAUGUCUUCCAUUUAUAUGGACAAACUGAAAACAGUGAGUUUAGUGGUGAAACACAGUCAGAGCGCAGAGGCUGUUGUGAAGGCCUACGAAUCCAAACUCUAUGAAGAGGAUGCCAUGAACUCUGAUAUCAAAUCCAUUGAAAGUGUCAUUUCUACCCUGAAGCAAUGGCGGACAGAAAUUGAUGAACAGCAGGAGGUGUUCCAUGACAUGGAGGAUGAGCUGCAGAGGGCUCGUGUAAUCAGUGAUCGCAUGUUUAAGGCCCACAAUGAGCGGGACUUUGAUCUGGACUGGCACAAGGAGAAGGCCGAUCAGCUGAGUGAGAGGUGGCAGAACAUUCACUCACAGAUAGACAGCAGGCUCAGAGACCUGGAUGGUAUUUGCAAAUCUCUGAAACACUACAGAGAUUCUUACUGUAGCCUCAACGAAUGGGUUGGAGAACUUGAAGCGUUGCAGCUGAAGACCCAAGAAAACAAGCCUGAUGACAGCAAAGCACUUGCUGAGCUGUUAAAUAAACAGAAGGUCCUUGUUGCUGAAAUUGAACAAAAACAGAGCAGAAUUGAUGAAUGUCAAAAGUACUCAGAGCAGUACUCAUCUGCCAUUAAGGACUACGAGCUUCAACUGAUGACAUUCAGAGCGAUGGUCGACUCCCAACAUAAAUCUCCACUCAAAAAGAGAAGAAUGCAGAGCUCUUCAGAUGCCAUUCAGCAGGAGUUUAUGGACCUUCGGACCCGUUACACUGCUCUUGUCACUCUAAUGACACAGUAUGUGAAGUUUGCCAGUGAAACGCUUAGGAGAACUGAAGACGAGGAGAGCAGAAAGGCUUGUGAAAGAGCAGAGAAUGCAAAAUGGACAGAGAGCGUAGAGCUCCAAAAAGCCAAAGGGGAUGUAGAGAUUAGACAACUUAAGCAACGGGUCCAGGAACAGGAAGCUUUGCUCUCUGAAAGACAAGCACAGGUGGAAACAUUGGAAGGAGAAGUAGAAACACAAAAAAAGACUAUUGAUGAUCUUACCUUUCAGAAUGCCCAGCUUGAGCAUGAUGUUAAUCAGUACCGCACCAAAUUAGAGAUUGCUGUUAAAGAUAAAGCUGCCAGUGAGCAGGAAUUAAAGCACACAAAACUCUUGAUUGAACAAUCAGAGGCCACAUGUUCUCUAACCCAGAAGAAAUUCGAAGAUCUUUUAAAAAAACACAAUGAUGGCCAGGAUCUUCACACACAAAGCUCCAAUCUGCAGAGAAAAACUAAUCGGGAGGAGGCAGACAUUCCAAAUGAGGAAAAAUUAUGCGGUGAAGUCCAACCUAAGAGCAAUGGUCUAGCUCCACGUCCUUUGGAGUUUGACAGCCAGCAAUCAGUAGAGAUUCAGCAGGACUCAUCUGCAGGUAGACUGCACGAUGCCCUGCAGCAGAAAUUGGAAGAAGUAGUUUUGGUCCAGAAAAAAGCUGAAAUGGCCGAGGAGAAGGCUCAGAGUUAUAAAAAACUGUUGGAUGAAAGCAAUAACAGACUGAAGAAACUUCAGAUGGACAUGGAGAGUGAAAAGAUCCGCAUGAGACAGAAAGCUGAGGAUCUCCAGCAGGAAACGGGGAACUUGAAAAAAUCUGUAAGUGAUCUUCAGGAAGAAAUCAGAUCUCUCCAAAGAGCAAAGUCCUCAUUGGAGCAAAGUGCUUUUUUCCAGAACACUGAAGUCGAAGGCCUGAAAGAACAACUGAAGAUUACCCACGGAGAGCUGCAGAAGAAGACCUCCAUUGAGCAGGAAAACAGCUACAAAAUGAACAGUUUAGAAGAAGAGUUGUCUUCCAAACAGUCAGUUAUAGAUCAGCUAAAGUUCAAAUGUAGCGAGCUGACUCGGAUGAGCGUCUCAUCCGACAGUGAUAUCAGGAGUCUUCAGAUCCAAAUGGAGUCCCUGGAAAAAGAGAGAUCGCUCUCUGAACAAAAGAUUAAGUCUUUAAAGAGAGAAGUAGAGAGUUGGAAGGAGCAAUUCCAAACAUCCAAGGAAGAAAACCUUGUAGUAAAAAGAUCUGAAAAUAUGCUGAACCUCAAAUGUAAAAACCUUGAGGCAGAACUCCAGAAAAGUGAGAUAGUUGGUGGUCAGUUGCAGAGAAAGAUAGAUGAUCUGAAACAGAUCAAUUUAGAGAUGGAUCAGAAUCUAAAGAAUGUAAGAGCUAAACUUGAGCAGGUGACGAUUGAAAUUGAGAGCAAAGAUCAGCAAAUUAAAAUCUUCAAGUCUCAGGUAGAGAGCACCAAAUCCCAAAUCAGAAUUAUUGAGGAAGAAGUAAAUAAGAAAUCCCAAACUACCCAUGAGCUUCAGAUGAAGCUGCAAGAUUUCAGCGAAGAGGCAAAGAAAAUGGCUGACCUCGAGCAAAAGAUUAAAACCCUGAAUUCAAAUAUCACAAACAACGAGGAAGAAAAAACACGUCUAAAAUCUGAACUGAAGUCCCUCUUUACAGAGAAGAGUUUGUCAAAUCAGAAGAUCCAGAUGCAAAAAGCUGAAAUCAAUGACCUAAACGAGAUGCUGAAGAAAAAAAAUGCAGAGCUGCAAAAAGAAUCUGAUGAGAAUCAGAAACACCUCAGGAAAAUCAAAGCAUUAGAAGAGGAGCUUUUCGAGCACAAGCACAGUUUUAAAGGUUUAACGAGCAGCGCAGAGACCUUAAAGCGGGAAAUAUACUCUGUUCAAACUGACAAGACUUCAGCAGAAAGAAAAAUAGAGAGCUUGAAUCUUAAACUUUCCGAGCUGAGUUCCUCUCUUCAAAGAACCAUAAACGAAUUGGCUCAAGAGACCAAAGAUAGAAAAUCAAAAGAAUUAAAAAUCAUGCAACUUGAGACUGAGCUUCAUACAAAUAAUCUCACCAUCAAAGAAUUGAUGUCCAAUUCUGACAGGUCUCGAUCAAAUCUGCAACAUGAGAACACAAUCCUGAAGAGGGAAAAAUCGGAGGCUUUGGAGAAAACCAUCACACUGGGAUCCGAAGUCAGACUGCUAAAAGAUAAACUGCAGCGUGUGCAAAUGGACGCAGAGCAAAAGCAAAAAGAAAACUCUGCUCUUCAGCAGAAGUCCCAGCAGAUGGAAGAACAACUGCAAAAGUGCAAGAUGAUGCUGGAGGAAUUGAAGAGUAAACUGGAACUCCAGAAAGAGGGCUAUGAGAGGCAGUUGUCACUUGUGCAAACGGAAAUACAGAAAAAAAUUGUUUUGCUGCAGUCUGACAUCUCAAAAGAAAGCCAGCAGUCACACGGUGCUCAGUUAUCCGAGGUCCUUAACAGGUAUUUCAAAGAUGACACAAAAGUGCUAAAAACAGUGCAUCACACCAUGGUGGAGCAACAGGUGGACCGGGAGCUGCAAAUCAAAAUGGACAGACUGCAUGAAGAAAGGGCCAAACUCGGGCAAGACCUGUCAAAAGCGAAGUUAGAGAUAACACAGCUUGAGACGGAUAAACUCACUCUCACCUCAAAAAUCAGCACUCUGCAGAGCCUUUGCAAUCAGCAAGCAAUGGAGAGGACAAAGUAUGAAAAGCUGCUGGGAGAUAGUGAGCGCAAACUCGUCCUGAAAGAAAAUGAAGCAAAAGCUCUUCGGGAGCAAAUAGAGUUGCACGUCAGAGAGGUGAAAAUCCUUCAGGAAUCACUUUCCACAUUCAAAGUGAACAAAGUCACCAGUCAUCAGUAUGCAACAAACAACAAGGCAGAUACCCCAACAGUGAAGAAAAUGGUGCCUAUCAAGAAUGGUGCAAAAGAGGUGGCAGCAAUGGAAGGAGGAACCAUUCUUGAAGGAAUUAAACAAGUGGAAGAUUCCUAUUCUCAGACUCUCAGCACCCAACAGAAAGACAAGCAGCAUGUGAUUCACAGAACAGCAUCUGAUGUGGCCAUUUCUGACACAACACACAUGGCAGGAAGUGGACUGACAGGCCAGAGGUCCAACGAAUCAAACAUCAGUAAAACAAGAACGUAUCAGAUCAAAGAAGUUCAUGAAGUUGUGAAAACAUCAGAGAAAAAUUUGUCCGAAUGUGAGAGAAAAGGGAGCAUGACAAUGUCCAGAAACACCCUUCCCUCUAAAUGGAGCACAAACAUUCAAUACUUGAUAAAGUAUAAGCUGUUGGAUGGUGAGGUUUUGCGAAAGUUGGAAAUGGGCCUCAUCACCAUGGAGGAGAUGCGAGCUUUGCUUCCUCAACAAAUUGACAAGCCAACUGCUAUCGCUGGAGUUUAUGUGGACUCAAGCAAGAAAAAGAUGUCCUUUCUAGAAGCUGCUGAAAAGGGCUUCCUUGCAAAAACGUAUGCACUCGAAUUUCUGGAGGCUCAGGCUGCAACAGGUAGUAUUAAGGACCUGGCCUCAGGGCAAACGCACUCAGUUCCUGAGGCUCUGGAGAGGGGAAUUAUAGAUGCAACCUUAAAAGACAAAUUAAUGGAGGCUGAGAAAGCCAUUAGUGGCUACAACUGUAAAGGCAAGAAGCUCUCCCUGUUUCAGGCAAUGGAAGAGAGGAUUCUGGAUAGAUACAAAGGCAAGAAAAUCCUUGAGGUCCAGGUUGCUACUGGAGGGCUAAUAAACCCUGAGAAUGGUGUCAGAGUACCAGUUCACCUUGCUGUAGAACAGGGUCUUUUGAAUGAAGAAACUUUGCUGAGUCUGUUUGAUCCAGUGAGUAACCCCAAAGGUUUCCACAACCCUGACACUGGACAGAAGGCAUACUACUCGGAAAUCCUCAGGACAUGCUUGUAUGAUAUGGAUGGUGGCGUGUUUCUCUUCCCGUUCGGUGAGAGACACCUGACAAGCUCAUCUCCCAUGAGUCCUCACAGAGUUUCAGUUGUAGACAGCAGCUGUGGAUCUGAAAUGUCAGCGUAUGAAGCCUUCCGGGGGAAACACAUUGACAAGAGGACCUAUCUGUUUCUGUCACAGCAGGAAAGUGAAUGGCAAGAAAGGUCUGUUCUUGACCCUGAUGGAAGCACACGUCACAUUGUGAAUGAUGCCAGAAGUGGCCGACAGAUUUGUCUUGAGUCUGCCCUGAGUCAGAGGUUUCUUGAGGCGUCUGAGUUUGAAAGCUAUCUUAGUGGGGUUUUAAGUAUCUAUGAGAUUGCAGACAUUAUAUUUUCAAGGAUGGUGGUAAUUGAGGAUGUUAACAGCCCAAUUGCAGGCCUCUGGGACAUCACUCAGAGAAAGAGGCUCUCAGUUCUCCAGGGCUUUCAGCAGGGCUUUACUGACAGAGGUACUGCCCUACGACUGUUAGAGUCCCAAGCCUGCACUGGAGGUAUUUGUGACCCCUCAACUGGGGAGAAAUUUCCCCUCUCUGAGGCUCUCAAAAAAGGUCUUGUAGAUGAGGCGCUGAGUCAACAGCUCCAACAGUUUGAGCAGGUGUUCAAUGGGAUCAUUCACCCUAAGAGUGGAAAGACCUUGAUAGUUCCCCAGGCUGUUCAGGAAAACCUCCUCCCGAAGGACGCUGGUUUUCGCUGCGUUGAGUUCCAGCUCCUGACAGGGGGACUGAUUAAUCCCAUCACUCAUGACCGACUCUCACUCGAAGAAGUCAUUCAGAGUGGAGCUGUUGACAAAGCUACUGCUACGGUGCUCAAAGAUGAGAAUUUACAUGCCAAAAGCCUUACCUGUCCAAAGACCAAGAGGAGAAUCACGUUCAAAGAAGCACUCGAAAGAAGCCUGUUUGACUGUCACACUGGAUUAAGGUUACUGGAAGCUACAAAAAUUCAUGGCUUUGGAGCCAAGUCAACAUUUCAUUAUAGAUCUAUUGAUGAGGAGAAGAGAGAGCACGGUGAUAAAGUUAGCAAAUUGUUGCACUGGAUGUCUGAUGUGAAACGUACCAUGAGCAAUGAUGGGAAUUCUCUUAAAGAUAGUAAUGCCAACACAGAUGCUUCAAAUAAGCCCCAGGUUUCUGUUGAGGAAAUGGUCACUAAAAAGGAGCAGAUUGCAGAAGCUCUCAGGUCCACACAGAUGAUGCUCAGCAAACACAGUGACAAGAUGGCAGAUGAAGACGUAGAGCAGAUGAAGGAGCAGUUGAAUGCUCUCAGUCAGGCUUAUAGUGAACUCUCGCAGCAGUGCUCUGAUCAGACAGCUUCUGCAGAAGAGAUAUCCUCUGUCCAGGAUUACUUGGAAUGUGUGGGGAGACUGCAGGAUCAUGCUGAUGUUUUAGAAGAUGUCAGAAAAGAUCUUUCAAUGCAAACACCUGUGGGAAACAACAUGGAAGACCUGCAGAUGCAAACCGAAGAAUGCCAGUCUUUAGAGUCUGAACUUUCUAGAUUGGGUGGUGUUCUGACAGUAGACAUGGACAAAGCCAAACAGCUCUUGAACGCUGCCGAUGAGUACAUUCCUGAACAAAUCCAACAAGAUUUGGCCUCCACAUAUCAGCAGUUGGAGCCAAAUUUUACUGCUGUCUCCCAGAUGUGUGCAGAAAGGAGAGGCUCCCUGAUCCAUGCAAUGGAAGUGGGAAAGGCACACUUGGAGUCAGAAUACCAGGAACAUCUCUGUGAUGUUCAUAAAUUAUCAGACCUCAUACAGGAAAACUUAAAGAUGUUGGAUGUGGAUUUGAACACAUGUGAUUUAGACACGCUGAAACAAUUGAGCCAGCAGAACAAGGAUAGCGAGAACAGUCUGCUGAAAGAAGCCAGGCUCAAGUUAGAGGACGUCACGUUUGAUAUCCAGUGCUUCAUUUCUGAGCACGCUCAGUUUCUGAGUCCGGCUCAGAGCAGUUACCUCCUCAAGUACCUCACCACCACACAGCGAGCGUUCAGGGACCACACAGAAAGACUUAUUACACAGCAAAGUGCUUUAGAUGUGCUUCUGGACGCCAGAGAGAGAGAAAAUCAGCAGAAGAAUCAACUGAUCGGUCAUCAACAGCAGGCUGAGAGUGCCGGGUGUGUUACAGACCUGCAACAGUAUCAGCAGGAGCAUCAGGCUCUGCAAAAAGAUGUGCUGAAAAAUGCCAGUGCCUUGAACGAGGUGAUCACCAGCACUGCAAAGUUCCUGGAGGAGAACCGCAGCAAGUUGACACCUGAUCAGAUCGCCAUGAUCGAGAGCAAGUUGGAGGAGGCUAAAAGCAAAGCAAAACUCAUCAACCAGCGUGCUGAAGAGUCCAGGAAAGAUUUGGAGAAGGUUGUCACAACAGCCAUAAAACAGGAGAGUGAAAAGGCAGCAGCUGUUGAGCAGCUUGAAGAGAGCAAGAACAAAAUCGAAGGUCUACUGGACUGGAUAUCCAACAUAGGGAAUGAAAACAAAAGCUGUCUGGAUCAAACUGACCAUAUAAGUCAAGAGAAUGGAAACCUGCCAGAGGAAACUUCCGCCAAGGAACUGACAGGGGAGGCUGACGAUGCCAAUGGAAAUGCUUUACAGACCUCUGAAAAUGAUUCUGGCAGAGAGACCAGAGGCGAGAACGCAAUUUCCCUGGACCUUGAUAAGCAUUACGACAGGUUGAAGGCUCAUCAUGAGGAGAUUCUGUCCCAGCAGCAGGAUCUAAUCAUGGCCACCCAGUCAGCUCAAGCUCUUCUUGAAAAACAAGCCAGUGUUCUGUCACCUGAGGAAAAGGAGAGGCUUCAGAAAAACAUCCAGGACCUGAGGGAACGCUAUGAGGCCUCCCUGACUCAAGCUGAGCAGCAAAUGAAGCAGGUGCAAUGCGUCCAGGAGGAGCUGAAGAAGUUUCAGGAUGACUGCGGGGAGUUUGAAGGCUGGUUAGGGCAUGCCGAAGGAGAGAUUGAAGAGUUGGGCACUCCUGCAGCUUCCCUCAACGUCUUGAGGGAUAAGCUUCUGCGACAGAAAAGCUUCUCAGAGGAUGUGAUUUCCCAUAAAGGAGACCUUCGCUUUAUCACCAUUUCCGGACAGAAGGUUCUGGAUGUUGCUAAAGCCUGUGGAUUAACUGAUCCUGCUGCGGCGAAUGCUCAGCUGCAAGUGGAUACUUCAGGGACCUGCUCUGCUGUCAAGGAUAAAUUGGAUUCAGCAGCCAAUCGAUACAAAACACUGCAUUCACAGUGCAACCUGCUUGGAAACAACCUCAAAGAAGCUUUACAAGGCCAGAUGGUAGGACAUCAGACUGCUGUUGACACGUUGCGUAAAACAGCUGAGUUGUUGGUAACAUCCGAAGGAAACCUGCUGAGCAACCCCGAUGACAUCCAGGAGACAGUGGACGACAUUGUGGAGCGCUAUGACAAUCUUUCUAAGUCUGUGAGUGAUCGAAAUGAGAAACUUCAGAUCACCCUGACGCGCUCUAUGAGUGUCCAAGAUGGUUUAGAUGAGAUGAUGACAUGGAUGGAGGGAGUGGAGGCCAGCGUGAAAGAGAAAGAGCAAAUACCAUUGGAUUCUGCAUCAAUUGGAGAUACUCUCAGCAAGGAGGCAGCUUUAGAGCAGGACAUUGCUGGUCGGCAGAGCAGCAUCUCAGCCAUAAAGGCAAAGGUUUUGAAGUUUGUGGAGACUGCAGAUCCCUCUGCAGCUACUCUUCUGCAGACUAAGAUGGACACCCUCUCCCAGCGCUUCACUGACGCUUGUGAUAAGCAUAAACAGAAAGUUUCCAAAUUGGAGCAACUGAAAGAAAAGGUUGAAGAGUUUGAGAACACUGCAGAUAAAGUCCAACAAUCAAUUGUGAAGCGUUCACAAGAUCUGCAUGAAACGGAUGGACCUGGGAAAACUUUCAGUGAACUGUCGGAGCUAAUGCAGAAUGCUAAAGCAGAGAUGGCUGAAUAUGCUAGUGAUAUGGAGAAGCUGCAGACUCUAUCCAAAGAGCUGUCUGAAAUAAGCCCUGACGGAAACAAAGCCCAGCUACUGAGCAAGUUGGACAACGUGUCAAAUAUCUUCAGUACUUUCAAAGAUACAGUCAAAGAAAAGGAAGAAGAACUAUCAUCCUGUCAGGACCAGCUGGGUGAGUUCAGAUGUGCAGCCAGUGCUCUCACCAAGUGGCUGGAGGAAAGCAAUGACAGAGUACCUGCAGCUCAGCCAAGCAGCAGUGAGAAAAAUCUGGAGAAGGACCUGCAGAUUGUCACCGGGUUAUUAAAUGAAUGGACAUCCAAAGGCCCUGCUGUCCAGGACUUGAACAGUAAAGGAGCAGCACUGUGCAGCCUGAUCACUUUUCUCACAUCCCCUGCCAAGGCUAAGACCUCUAACAAGUCAGAGCUCAUGGGGAUCCAGCAGAACAUGUCCUUCAUCGGUGAGGGAUACACCAACCUGGGUGAAACACUAAAAAGUCGAGAGGAGCAGUUGAGUAGUUUGCUCCAGAAGGUGAAAGAGGCCCAUAAGGAGACGGAAGACAUGAUGUCAUGGCUGAGGGACAUGAAAAAGACUGCUGCUUCCUGGAACAAUGCAGCCACCGAAAAAGAUGCUGUGAAAACACAGCUUGAGCAGCAGAAGGCAUUUGAAGAUGGUAUGAAGCAGAGGCAGGAGCAGCUCCAGAAGCUCAGAGAGAAGCUCCUGGACCUGAUUACUGCCCAUCCAAACUCUCCUGAAGCAGCAAAAUGGAAGCAGAUGCUGGCAGAGAUAGAUGCUGCAUGGGGAGAAAUCAGUGGCUCUGUGGAGGAGAGGAAGCAGCACCUGGAACAGUCCAACAAGAAUCUGGACAUCUUCCAAAGAAAUGAGCUGCAGCUUGGCCAGUGGCUCUCAGAGAAGGAGCUGAUGAUGAGUGUCCUAGGACCCCUCUCUAUAGACCCAAACAUGCUGAAAAUGCAAAAGCAGCAAGUUCAGAUUCUCCAGAAUGAGUUCAAGAGCCGCAAGCCCCAAUAUGAACAGCUGGAGGAAGCAGCUUCUGUUCUCCUUAACUCGUCAGACAGCCAGGAACCCUCAAGUGGAAAGCUGGUGAGGGAACAGCUUGCAGCAGUCAACCAGAAGUGGCAGUGCCUCACUGGACAGCUGGACCAGCGAGACAGCCUCAUUGACCAGGCGGUGGUGAAGACUGGUCAGUUUCAGGAGUUGUUGAAGAGCCUCGGUGACAUUACCACUCAGCUGGAGAAUCAGCUCACUAACCAUCACACGAGCAGCACUCAGCCUGAUGCUGUGAAGAAGCAGCUGGAGGACGUCCAAAGCAUAUCAGCUCAGCUGAGAGAGGAGAAGAAGAAACUGAAGCAGGCUGAGGCAAUCAAUGCAGAGCUCACAGCAAUGGUGACUGAGGACUAUCUUAAAGCAGAUCUAACCAGGCAGCUGGAAAGUGUCAGCAAGCCUUUUAAACAGCUGGAAGAGAAAGCAGCAAAACGGAUUGAACAGCUGAACUCAACCUUUGCCAGCUCUCAGCAGUUUCAUCAAACAUCCAAAGACUUUCAGUCAUGGCUGGGUGAGAAGCUCCAGGAUCAGCUGAAGCCCCUGUCCAUCUCUGCUAAGGCUGACAUUCUGCAGCAAACCUUAGAGGAGCACAGUAAACUCCAGAAGGCUCUCAAGGAGCAAGAACAAGCUUACAGUACAAUCAUUGGAGAAGGAGAGAUGCUUCUGCACAGUACGGACGGGGCAGAAAAGCUGGCACUGCAGGGCCAGCUCACGACCCUCUCUUCUAACUGGGAGGAAGUGAAAAGGAGCUCUGCAGAGCAGGCUGAAAAACUUCAGGAAGCUCUGCUGAAAUCACAGAAAUAUCAGGCCCAUUCUGAGAAGCUGAGCUCUUGGAUUCAAGAUUGUGAAGGUAGUGAGGGUCGAGUGAAAUUGGCUGUUGAUCCCGCUGCUGUUGAGAGCUCCAUAUCUCAAGUGAAAGCCCUCCAGAAGGAUGUCGACAAACACAGGGGGCUGGUGGAGCAGCUCAACACAGCUGCAGAAAGUCUGAUGGAGGUGGCCAACACUGACACCGAGGAUAUAACAGAAGAGAAAGAGUCCCUAGGUAAAAGAGUGGAAAAGUUAGCGGAGGGUCUGCAAACCAAAAGGGAAUCACUGGAAAAGAUCUCACACACUGUCAAAGAAUUCAAUGAUGCCUACAAAGAGGCAAACUGUCAACUGGAAGGAGCUAAGAAGCAGGUGGAUUCCUAUGAAUUGCAGGGAGCGCAGGCACACAGCAACAAGAACUUAACCAACAUCAAAACCCAACAGAAGAGUUUAGAGGGUGUGCAGAACCAGGUAGAGCACAUGAAGGCCUUGGCCCAGGACCUUGUUUGUGAUGUUCCAGACGCUGAGGGAGUUACAGACCUCCUGUUGCAGACAGACAGCUUAGAAAAAGAUUACAGCAAACUUAACAAGAAACUGGAGGAGGCGUGCGAGGUUUUGGAGAGUAAACUGCAGGGUAUUGGUCAGUUCCAAAACAGAAUCCGUGAGAUGUUUACCCAAUUCGCAGAACUGGAUGAUGAACUGGACAGCAUGUCUCCCAUGGAUCUAGACUUGACCACCCUUAAAGAACAGCAGGACAGCAUUCAGAGUUUUCUCGCUAAGCUUCGAGAGCUGAUGGCUAACACUGCCAACGCCGGUGACAGCUGUAAGAAGAUGCUGGAGGCUGAAUCUUCGCCUGAUCUGAUGGGUCUUAAGAGAGAUCUGGAUGCUCUGAGCAAGCAGUGUGGCAAACUCUUAGACCGAGCCAAUGGAAGAGAGGCCCAGGUACAGAGUACGCUCACCAAGCUGGACGAGCUGUAUGGCAAACUCCAUCUAGUGGAAGAGAAACUCCGUAGUGCUGUGGACAAGGAAGCGUCCCAGGAGACAGUUGGCAUGGAGACAGACGUAAUCAACCAACAGCUGGAGGCCUUUAAGGCUUUUCAGAAAGAGGACAUUGAUCCUCUGCAGACACAGCUUCAAGACAUCAACUUGGUUGGGAAUGGUCUUAUCCAGAAUGCUGCUAAAGGAACCAGUACCAAGAAGCUUGAGGAAGACCUGGAGGGUGUCAACUGGAAAUGGAAUACCCUAAACAAAAAGAUUGCUGAGCGUUCAGCGCAGCUGCACGAAGCCCUGUUGCAUUGUGGGAGGUUCCAGGAUGCUUUGGAGUCUCUGCUCAGCUGGUUGACUGAUACGGAGGAGCUUGUGGCCAGUCAAAAACCCCCUUCUGCAGAGUUCAAAGUGGUCAAAGCACAGAUACAGGAGCAAAAACUCUUGCAGAGACUACUGGAUGACCGAAAGCCGACUGUGGAGCUGAUAAAAAAGGAGGGAGGGAAAGUCUCAGAACUGGCAGAGUCUGUGGAUAAAGAGAAAGUUGCAAAAGAGAUUGAAUGCCUAGGGCAGAGGUGGGACGCUCUGCUUAAGAAAGCUGACAACAGGCACAAGCAACUGGAGAGCAUCUUGGUGGUCACUCAGCAGUUCCAUGAGACUCUGGAGCCUCUGAGUGAAUGGCUUACAGCUACAGAGAAACACCUUGCCAACUCUGACCCAGUGGGCACCGAGACAUCUAAGCUAGAAGAUCAAAUAUCUCAGCAUAAGGCCUUAGAGGAGGAGAUCAUGAAUCACAGUAAAGACCUGUUUCAGGCUGUCAAUCUGGGUCAAAUGCUCAAAUCUGUGAGCUCAGUGGACGAGAAGGAGUUUGUUCAGAGUAAACUGGACACCACACAGGCCAAUUACAUAGAGCUCCAGGAGCGGUGCAGGAAGAAAGCUGACAUGCUGCAGCAAGCUCUGGCCAACGCUCAGCUGUUUGGAGAGGACGAAGUGGCCCUCAUGAACUGGCUCAACGAGGUUCACCCCAGACUGAGUGAAGUGUCCGUGGAGGACUACAAAAUAGAUAUUCUUGAGAAGCAGCUUGCAGAACAACGGAAACUUCAAAGUGAUGAGGUGGUUGUUAUCCAAGCUAAACUGGACGGAAUAAAAACAAAGUAUGCUGAGAUUAACUCUAUGAGUGACAGUGUUCUGAAGACCUUGGAACGGGUUUUGGAUCUGUCCACGAAACUACAGCAUACCCACAAGGACCUGAAUGCCUGGCUAGAUAAAGCAGAGGCUGAGAUUAAGAUUUUUGCUGAUGAGGUGCCAAUGGGCGAGCAGCACGGUCAGACACAGACCAAGCAGAAGGCGUUGCUCAAAGAGACCAAAGAACAAAAGCCUGUGUUGGGGAAGCUGAACGAGCUAUCCAAUUCACUACUGGACCUGAUUCCCUGGCAUGCCCGGGAGGGUUUGGACAAGCUGGUGACUGAGGAUAAUGAGCGGUACCGAGCAGUGUGUAACACCAUCACCCAGCAGGUCGACCAGAUCAACGCUGACAUCCUCAGGUCACAGCAGUUUGAACAGGCUUUAGACACUGAGCUCUCCUGGCUGACAGAGACAGAGAGGAAGCUGCUGUCGAUGGGUGAGAUCAGGCUGGAGCAGGACCAAACCGCAGCCCAGCUCCAAGCACAGAAGAUUUUCUCCAUGGACAUCAUGAGGCACAAAGAUGCCGUGGAUGACAUUGUGAAAGUAGGAAAGGCCAUCAUGACUAGUAAAACACCGGAGGAGAAAGAAGUCCUGAAGGCCAAGAUCCAGGCUCUCAUGGAAAAGUACGGCGCUGUCAGUCAGUUGAACUCGGAGCGCUGUCUGCAGCUGGAACGGGCUCACUCUUUGGCCUUGCAGUUCUGGGAGACCUAUGAGGAGAUGUGGCCAUGGCUUCAGGAAACCUUAAACACCUUCAGUCAGCUGCCCCCGCCGGCCAUCGAGUAUGAGACGCUCAGGCAGCAGCAGGAGGAGCUCAGGCAAAUGCGAGAACUCAUUGCCGAGCACAAGCCCCACAUUGACAAGAUGAAUAAGACAGGGCCUCAGUUACUGGAGCUCAGCUCGGUGGAGGGAGUGCCCAUCAGGGAGAAAUACACAGCUGCGGACCAGCUGUACACCAAACUUAAGGCUGAUGUCACACAGAGAGCUGCCACUUUGGAUGAGGCCAUAUCAAAGUCCACACAGUUCCACGAUAAAAUUGACCCCAUGCUGGAAUCCCUGGAACGGAUUGCCGAACGCCUUCGUCAGCCUCCAUCCAUCUCAGUAGAAUUGGACAAGAUAAAGGAGCAGAUUACUGAAAACAAGUCAGUUUCUGUGGAUUUGGAGAAACUGCAGCCCUCCUAUGAGACGCUGAAGCUACGAGGUGAAGAGAUGAUCGCCCGAUCAGAAGGAGCAGACAAGGACAUAUCUGCUAAAGCUGUACAGGACAAACUGGACCACAUGGUGUUCCUGUGGAACGACAUACAGGCCUUGCUGGAGGAGCGGGAAGCCAAGCUGCUGGAUGUGAUGGACUUGGCAGACAAGUUCUGGUGUGACCACUGUGCUCUCAUUGUCACCAUCAAAGACAGCCAGGAUCUGCUGAAGGAGCUGGAGGAGCCCGGAGUAGACCCCUCUGUCGUCAAGCAGCAGCAGGAAUUUGUAGAGGGGUUUAAGGAGGAGAUAGACGGGCUCCAGGAGGAGCUUGACGUUGUUCGAAACCAGGGUGCAGAGCUAAUGACCGCCUGCGGGGAGCCUGACAAACCUGUGAUAAAGAAAAGCGUUGAUGAGGUGAAUUCAGCAUGGGAGAAUCUUAAUAAGACCUGGAAGGAGAGAGUGGAGAGGCUGGAAGAAGCUAUGCAGGCGGCUGUGCAGUUUCAAGAUGGUUUGCAGGGCAUGUUCGACUGGGUGGAUAUACUGGAAAGCAAACUGGAUUCUAUGUCCCCUGUGGGAACGGACCUGGAGACUGUCAAGCAGCAGAUUGGAGAGCUCAAGGAGUUCAAAGGGGAAGCGUACCAGCUGCAGAUUGAGAUGGAGCGACUGAACCAUCAGGCCGGCCUCUUGCUGAAGAAGGUGACGGAGGACUGUGAUCGCUGUGCCAUCCAGGAGCCGAUGUCUGAGCUCAAAAUGCUCUUGGAGAACAUGGAUGAGAAGAUCAUCAGCCGGCAGCACAAACUGGAAGGUGGCCUUCUGGCCCUGGGUCAGUUCCAGCACGCACUGGACGAGCUGCUGGCCUGGAUGAGCCACACUGAGGAGCUGCUGGACGAGCAGAGGAAAGCUGCGGGAGACCCCAAAGCCAUCGAGAUAGAGCUCGCCAAACACCAUGUCCUGCAGAUAGAUGUUUUGGCUCACAAGUCAACAGUGGAGACUGUUAACAAAGCUGGUAAUGAACUGGUGGAGUCAAGUGCCGGAGAGGAGGCUUCCAGCCUGCAGAGCAAAUUGGAAAACCUAAAUCAGAGGUGGAAGGCCGUCUUGGAGAAGACGGCGCAGAGGAAGCAGCAGCUGGAGGCUUCCCUGCUUCAGGCCCAAGGUUUCCAUGGUGAGAUAGAAGAUAUGCAGCAAUGGUUGAAAGACACAGAACGUCAGCUGUUGGCAUCAAAGGCUGUGGGAGGCUUACCAGACACAGCCCGGGAGCAGCUUAACGCCCAUCUGGAAUUGUGUUCUGCAUUUGAGGCCAAGGAGGACCUAUAUCAGGAACUGCUGAAAAAGGGUCACCAGCUGCUAGUGAUGAUGCCUGAGGGCCCAGAAAGCAACACGGAGCAGGACCUGACCAACCUGAAGGAGAAAUGGGAAGCGGUGCAGGGGAAGGUCACUGAAAGAAAGGCCAAACUAGAAGAAGCUUUAACGCUGGCCACAGAUUUCCACAAUUCUCUGCAGGACUUCAUUGUGUGGCUAACGCAAGCAGAGCAGACGCUCAACAUGGUCUCCCCUGCGUCCCUCAUACUGGAGACCAUCCUGUUUCAGAUUGAUGAGCAUAAGAUGUUUGUGACAGAGGUGAACUCCCACAGGGAGCACAUCAUUGAGCUGGACAAGACUGGGACACAUCUGAAGUACUUCAGCCAGAAACAGGAUGUGGUGCUGAUCAAAAACCUGCUGCUCAGCGUCCAGGGCCGCUGGGAGAAGCUGGUGCAGAGGUCUGUGGAACGAGGCCGUCUGCUGGAUGAUGCCAGAAAGAGAGCCAAACAGUUCCACGAAACCUUCAAUAAACUGAUGGAGUGGUUGGAUGAGUCUGAAAAGAGUUUGGACUCUGAAGUGGAAAUUGCCAAUGAUCCAGACAAAAUCAAGACGCAGCUGGCGCAGCACAAGGAGUUUCAGAAAGCCCUGGGCAGCAAGCACUCCGUUUAUGACACCACUUCUCGAACAGGGAGGGCUCUAAAAGAUAAAACAUCCCUGCAGGACGAUAAUCUGAAGCUUGACGACAUGCUUAGCGAGCUAAGAGACAAAUGGGACACAGUUUGCGGCAAAUCGAUAGAAAGACAAAACAAGCUGGAAGAAGCCCUGUUGUUCUCAGGACAGUUCACAGACGCCCUGCAGGCUCUCAUUGACUGGCUGUACAGAGUGGAACCUCAGCUGGCUGAGGACCAGCCUGUCCAUGGAGACAUAGACCUGGUUCUCAAUCUGAUAGAUAACCACAAGGCUUUCCAGAAGGAGCUGGGAAAACGGACAGUAAGCGUUCAGGCUCUCAAACGUUCAGCAAAGGAGCUGAUUGAGAGCAGUCACGAUGACUCCUCGUGGGUGAAAGUCCAGAUGCAGGAGCUGAGCACCCGCUGGGAGACGGUGUGCAAUCUUUCGGUGUCAAAGCAGGUCCGGCUGGAGCAGGCCCUGUGCCAGGAGUUUAUGAAAAAGCUGGAAGAGAAGCGGGCAGCUCUGACUAAAGCCACCAGCAUGGGGGAGGCCAUUCUCAGCAUCUGCCAUCCGGACUCCAUCACAACCAUAAAGCACUGGAACACCAUAAUUAAAGCCCGGUUUGAGGAGGUGCAGGCUUGGGCCAGACAGCACCAACAGCGAAUGGUCACGGCUCUCACCGAGCUGUUAGCCACCCAGGAGCUUCUGGAGAAGCUUCUGACCUGGCUGCAGUGGGCAGAAACCAACAUUGACGAAAAGGACAGAGAGGCGCUACCUCAAGAGAUAGAAGAUAUCAAAAGUCUCAUAGCAGAACAUCAGGCGUUCAUGGAAGAAAUGACAAGGAAGCAACCAGAUGUUGACAAAAUCACUAAAACACACAAAAGGAAGGCUGCCAUGGAGUCCCAAAUCCAGUCUCAGAUUCCUGUGCUGGACAAAGGAAGAGCUGGAAGAAAACGCUCUCCCACACAAACCAUGUAUGCCUCAUCAACACAACCCCCCAUUGAAACUAAGAAUCCCCGCGUCAACCUGCUGGUCACCAAGUGGCAGCACGUGUGGCUGCUGGCUUUGGACAGAAGGAGGAAACUCAAUGAUGCUUUGGACAGAUUAGAGGAGUUAAAGGAAUUUGCCAAUUUUGACUUCGAUGUGUGGCGGAAGCGCUACAUGCGCUGGAUGAACCACAAAAAGUCCCGUGUGAUGGACUUUUUCCGCCGCAUUGACAAAGAUCAAGAUGGCAAGGUGACCCGACAGGAGUUCAUUGAGGGAAUUCUGUCCUCCAAGUUUCCUACCAGCCGCCUGGAGAUGAGUGCCGUGGCAGACAUAUUCGACAGAGAUGGGGAUGGCUACAUUGACUACUACGAGUUUGUGGCAGCUCUCCAUCCCAACAAAGAUGCCUACAAACCACUAACAGAUGCUGACAAGAUUGAAGAUGAGGUCACACGUCAAGUGGCUAAAUGCAAAUGUCCAAAACGAUUCCAAGUGGAGCAAAUUGGAGCAAACAAAUACAGAUUCUACCUUGGAAAUCAGUUCGGAGACUCUCAGCAGCUGCGCCUUGUGCGAAUUUUACGCAGCACUGUCAUGGUGCGGGUCGGAGGAGGCUGGAUGGCUUUGGAUGAAUUCCUGGUGAAGAACGACCCCUGUCGAGUUCACCACCACGGGAGCAAAAUGUUGCGCUCGGAAUCAAACUCUUCAAUUACUCAGUCUCCUAUAGGUUGGCAAAUCUCAAACUUUCUCUCCUUGCUCCAUGAACCCACCAGUGCUAAAGGCAGAACCAAUGUGGAGCUGCGGGAGAAGUUCAUCCUGCCAGAGGGAACCACGCAGGUGAUGGCCAGUUUCCGGUACAGAGGUCGCAGGUCUCGGCCGUCGUCUAGAGGAGCCUCUCCCAACAGAUCCACCUCCAGUCAGAGCUGCCCUGUCCCAUCAAACCCAACCGCAACCAGCACGCCAAAGACUUCCCAACACAUAACCCGCAAUUAUGAUAAGCCAUGGCUUACAAACAGCAAACCUUCCACUCCUCUUAAAUCAUCAGACUCCUUUGGGAGCCAAGGUUCAUCCUCAGAGGGCACAGCAGUACAGGGAAGUAAACUGCGCCUUCCUGGCUACUUAUCUGGUAAAGGAUUUCAGUCGGGUGAGGAGGGAACCUUGAUUAAUGCUGCUGUACUAAAAGCUCGAACACAAAUGAUAGGUGAGUCGCGGAAAAAUUCCAGCCGACCUGGAAGUAAAGCCGGAAGCAGAGGUAGCAGUCGCAGAGGAAGCGACGCAUCUGACUUUGACAUCUCAGAUAUCCAGUCUGUCUGCUCUGAUGUCUCUGAGACUGUUGGCGAGUCCACUCGAGGGACACCUCGCUCAGCGUCUCGCCAACAGGGAGGAAAACCCUCCAAAAUCCCCACUCCUCAAAGAAGAACAACUCCCUCAAGCAAACUGACCAAGGGAUCCAAGCGAUAGUCAGUGGCUUUGACAACACACAACUCAGAAAGCUACUUGCACCCCUAAAAACAUCGUGGACACUGGAGAUGUCUAACUUAAGAGACUGCAAAUGUGUUGAGUGUUAUUAAAAUUGUUGCGAAGAUGUAAAAUAUUCUGUUAAGAGGCAAUAUGGUUUAAUAUUAUGUGUGGAUGGAAUGUUAAUGGCCUUGUGUAUUAGUUUUUAAUGUAUUUUAUUUCUGUGAAAAUGUCAAAUUGUUUCUUAAUGUACUUUAUUUUAUUUAUGCAAAUCCUGUAGAGGUUUGAUGGACACUAAAAAGAAUCUGGGAAUAACCAUGUUGAACGGUUAAUUAACAUUUCUUCACACUAAUGAAGGACAAAUGCAGGAUAGCACUCUGAGAGUUACUGAAUGUACUGUAAUUUAUGUAUGCUGAUGUUUGGAUUAAAUGGUACUUAUGGUACCAUUUGACAUGCUGCAAUUAUCUAUUUAAGUGCUAUGUUAUACUGCCAACUUGCAUUUAGAGGGCAAUGCAAUAUACUACAAUAAACCCCAGUAAGCACUGCAGAAACCUUCAAAUAUCCCUAUUUAAGAGAAGUAGCAUAAAACAAGUUAUCAUGAAGCUUUCAAGUCCUGUUUGUUUGUCAACUGCUGCAGUUCCUCUUUUUCUUCCACCAGGUCACAGCAGUCUUUGCAUCAGCCUUGAAGAUGUGCCACUCCAUGUUGCCAUUUUCUGUGUAUUCAUGUCAGUGUAUGAUUAAUUUCGGUAGAGCUGAAAUUGUUACUGUAACAGUACUUUGUAAUAAACCUGCUUGCAGAAAGCCACCAGAGACUGGUGAGCACCACAAAAUCAUCUCA